GAGGAGUCGGUGAAGGGGUGGUAGUUGCACACAGCCAAUGACAAUCCAGAAAGGCUGACUCAUGAGCGGUUAGAUGUUCUGUUCACAAAAGGUCCCAAAAGCCAAGGAACUUGCAAAAACAAGUUACUUUUCUCAAAGGAAAGGAAAGGAAAGGAGAAAGAACAGAAAGCUAUCUUUACGGUUUAAUGUGGUGUGGUUAACCCUCUCUUAGGAACAACCUUGACUUUAGGAGAAGAGCAGAAAGGCCUGACUGAGACCCACAACAAGACCUUCCCACCUGUGUGAAGGACAGGAGCCAGAGAAGACGCUUUAGUUUGGGCAACAGCACUCUCUCGUCCACUUUAAACUAGACAAAAACAGACCAUCAUCCUCCGAAAUACAUGAUUUAUGUGUAAGAGCAUUCCAGAGGAUCAUAGAAAAUUGGAGCUGGGCUGCGAAAUCAAAGCUCUGGUACGAGGGACUUUGAAGGAGGGAGGGAAUAUCGACAAGAAAAUUGACAAAGACAGAGGCAGCUGGAAUAUGAAGUCUCUUCCAAAGAACCAGGGACGAACCGACCAGAUUUUGGGGGCUAUGGCAGAUAUGCUGACAUCUCUGGCGAUACCCAGUCAGAAGUGGAACUCAGAGAGUAUUGAGCACCUGGGUGUGACACAGGAACAGAAAACAGGAAAACAACGCCCAUGGGACACAGAGGAACUGAACUGGGAUGAUAUGUCCCGGGACAGCCUGGAAAGAGUACGAAGAAGAGACAGAGCAAACUCAUACUCCGCCGCUGGCAGUGAGGGCAGUAUCUCCACCUCGGUGGCCUCUCUGCCGCCCCAGGCUUCAGGCAGUUCAGCCCCAAACUCCCCAGGCUCCCGUCGCUCUGUCAGCACCCUGAAGAAAUGGCUGACCAAUCCAGUGCGUAAGCUGAGCACUGGGGCGACCGGAACAGCUAAGGGGGAGCGGCAAGUCCGCAGACUGGAGGGCAAACCCCCACCUCAACCCGCCAAGAGCAGCCAAGACCUGGGCAGCCCACAAACAGAGGAGCAGUUCACCAUCCUGCCAGUCAUAGACAAAGACCUGGAGUGGAGAGAUGGCCUGCCUGCUCUCAACGACUGUGAUCCAGGUGUCCAGCAGUCCUACAACUUCCAGUCGGACUCUCCACAGGGAUCCACCACACUAGGACAAACACAGCUCACCCAGUGCACCAGCCUGCAGGCUGACGACAAUGGCUCUGCAUUGAUGGAUGACAACUCCAGCCAAUCAUCAGCCACCAUAGACAGCGAAGAAGAUCGGAAGACUGCCUUAGAAAAAAGCAUGUAUGUUUUAAAUGAGUUGAUAGAGACAGAAAGGCUGUAUGUGGCUGAUCUAGGACUUAUUGUGGAGGGCUACAUGGCCACUAUGAAUGCAAAAGGAAUUCCAGAAGAUAUGAAGGGAAAAGACAAAAUAGUGUUCGGGAAUAUUCAUCAGAUCUAUGACUGGCAUAAAGAUUAUUUCCUGGGUGAGUUGGAGAAAUGUGUGGCUGAGCCUGAACGACUGGCCCAACUUUUUAUCAAACAUGAAAGACGGCUUCACAUGUACGUGGUAUAUUGCCAGAACAAACCUAAGUCUGAGUACAUCGUGUCAGAAUACAUUGAGACCUACUUUGAGGAACUGAAACAGCAGCUGGGUCACAGGCUGCAGCUGAACGACCUGCUCAUCAAACCUGUGCAGAGGAUCAUGAAGUACCAGCUGCUUCUGAAGGAUUUCUUCAAGUACUACACAAAGGCUGGGAUGGACACUGAAGAGCUGGAGAAAGCAGUGGAGGUGAUGUGUUUUGUUCCGAAGCGCUGCAAUGACAUGAUGAACGUGGGUCGGCUGCAAGGCUUUGAGGGGAAGAUCACGGCACAAGGAAAACUUCUCCAGCAAGACACAUUCACAAUCGCAGAACAGGACAGCAGCAUCCUUUCCCGCUCUAAAGAGAGGCGGGUCUUCCUGUUUGAACAGCUUGUCAUCUUCAGUGAGCCAAUAGACAGGAAGAAAGGAUUCUCUCUACCUGGAUAUGUUUUUAAGAACAGUAUUAAGAUAAGUUGUCUGGGUGUAGAGGCCUGUGUAGAUGGUGACCCAAAUCGCUUUGCCCUGACAUCUCGGGGGGCUGAUGGCAGCACGGUGCGAUUUGUCUUGCACUCUUCAUCGCAGGAUAUCUGCAGGGCUUGGGUCAGUGACGUGAGCCAAAUACUGGAGACCCAACGUAAUUUCCUAAAUGCCCUGCAGUCGCCCAUAGAGUACCAGAGAAAGGAGAGCAAGAGCAACAGUUUGGGCCGUAGCAUGAAGCCUCCUCUGUCAGCAGUGGUUGGUCUGAGGCCACACUCCUCAGCUUCUAUCGACCGACACAAACUGCCCUGUCUGCGCUCCUGUAACACAUCUUUGCCCUCUCUCUACCUGCCCAGCCAGGUCCCCACUGAUGACCCGUCCCAGCCAGAGUCAACACAAGACCAGCGCUGUCUGGUGGACUCCAGGCUGAAUUCCCAGAUGGUGUCUCCAACUCAUGUGCAGCUGGCCUUCUCUGAAGAGCCUUCAUUCUCCCAGGCACCUCCAAACUGCCAGGCAGUCUCCAAUGGCCUGUGUUCCUCCAGCACGCAAGCCCCGCAGAGCUCAGGAGAUGUUGGCCGCAGAUCUUCACCGAGAGACGGACGCGUGGCUGUUCCAAGUCCCUCCUCCACUCUUCAGCGCUCCAGUAACUUGGCCCAGCUUGAUGAGGAUGACCUGUGAAUGGAUUUGACCCUAAUUUUGAUUUUGCACCAGAGCAUGCCACAGUCUGGACAUUAUUCACGUCUGUUACUUUGUGGUAUUCUUCCUAAACCUGUGACGCGAAUUACUUAGUGACUUUUUAAAUUGUUUUAUAUAAUUUCUCUCUUUUUUUGUUUUUGUUGUCAUUGUCUUUUAUUAAAGUUGUUUUUUGUUCAAAGGAGUAUCAACCAUUCCUAUAUUGGGAGGCCACUGGAGCAGGAACCAGAGUAAACCUUUAUUUGAGGGUGUGAGGAUGUCUUUGGGCAAGCGUGCAUGUAAUGUAUGAAUGAGUGCUAAAUUCGAAUGGCUUCAUCCUUGCAAACAUGCUGAACGUUUUCCAUCAGAUGUGUUUUGAAGAGAACAUACUGUAUUAUUAUAAACAUAAGAGGGUCCUUAUUGGGCUCACGCUGGAUUUUAAAGGUUUUGCACAAUUGGUGCCUCUUUACAGAAGCUGUCUUUCUAUCUCCCGUCUUUAUUGAAUGCUUUUGUGGGCUGUGUAAACUCUUCUGAAGGAGCUAAGGGGAAACAGACUCUAAAUGCAACUCAUUUGUAUAUACUGUAUGUAGAAGAAUGAUCUGUGCAUGGAGACACGGACUCUUGGCUUUCUCUUCGUUAAUUGGAUGUUUAAAUUCUCGAAGACCAAUCAACUCCGUUGUAGUGGACAAUGAGCAAUGCCGCUUGCGGAGCUUCGUGUUCAGACUUCGUAACUACAGGUGGAAAUAAGAGAUCUCACACAACGAGCAUCUGGAGGAACUGCUCAGGGGUUGGAAUGAAAGAUGGACAGCGGUUGUUGCAGCAGAAGAACAUGCAGUAUAAAAUCUGUGGUUAAAUGACUCUUUGGUUUCUGCCACCCCUCCUUGUGUAAUGCACACUGCCUGGAUUACUCUGCAGGUCUUGUCAUACAAAUUUAGGUUGCUGAAUUAUUAGAUAUUAUUAUUAUUAUUAUGUAGCUUAAUGAAGGCCAAAGGUAAAUUGUCAUGUCAUUAUGUGCCAAAUGCAGGUGCCAGUACCCUUUACACAAAAAUGAAUGAAAUAUUAAGCCUAAAAUGUAAUUAAAUUCAUUUAUCGGUCAUUUGAAAACAAGCUAGAACACUUGCUUAAUUUUUUGGAAAAUGUUUUCAUAAAAACGAGGGGGAAAGCUGAAUAUGUUUUUAUUUUCCCAAGUUUUCAACACAUUGUGUUUUGUUUAGUUGCUUUAUAGUUCUUAUUAAAGCAAAUGAUUUGUUAAUGACAAACCAAAUCAUUAGAUAGAAAGAGGAUUGACAUUGUUAAUCGAGUCUGAAACAUAUAAUUUGUCAUAAAAUGUUAGAUGUCUCACCAAAGAAGGGAUGGUAUGUGUUUGGUAUUUGAUGUUGAAGCAUGAUCAAAAAGCACUUUCACUCCGUUUAGCUCAUUGCACAUUCUUUCCAACAGAGGGCGCCAGAGGACUUCAGAGCUGUAUACACAACCAAUCGGUCUUUUUUUUCACAGCAAAGUUUAAAACAUCAAAUUCAAAACUUUGUACCAAAGCUCGUGUGCUUUACUGUCGGCAUGUUUCAGAUGCAUUCGCAUAAAUAUCCUUAAAAUGAUUGUAACAACCUUCUCUUGCCUUGAUGUAAUAUUCAAAUCAGCAGAAAUCAAAUAAUUUGACAUAGCCCUGUAUAAACUGAAAGCUUUCCUGUACUGCCUUUCCACAAAUGUGGAUUUGAAUCUUACAUUGUUGCAUGCUAUUUUGAAGAACACCUCUAAAAGAUGAAGGAAAUGAUGUAGAGAAAGAAUAGGACAUGAUCCAUGUCUAUGUGACAAAACCUAUCAUUGUAUUAUAUCUAAUUAAACUGGUUCCUUUUGGAACACAAGAGUGUUUAGGAACAC